GUUUCUCUGCAAUAACACACCCAGUGAGAAUCCGCAAAAACGCUUUUGCUUUGCCAUCCGGUUUUAGGGUUUCUUUUUUUUUUAUUUUCCCCUCUCUGAUUCGUUAAUCGUCUAGUAGGGUUUCCGAUAGAUCCAUCGAUUUAUUCGUUUCUUUCUCUUUUCUUAUGUCCUUCCCCUUCCGAUCUUGUUUAUUUCUGGAAAAUCUGCUUCUGAUUGUCUUCCCGCUUGCCUGCCUGCGCUUUUUAUUGUGAUUUUGGUCUAUUUUGUUUGUUGCUUGCUCGUUCUUGCUGGUCUUGCAGUUUCGAUCCAUUUUGGUUCAUUGACUUCUAUCGGGAAGGCUUUUAUUGAUUGUUCUAGGGUUUUGUUUGGCGGUUAGUGAUGCAGCCCUCUCGAUCUGAUUCCAGCACUUUCUUUUAUGUGAUACUGAUUGCUAGGCCUUGAGAUUUAUCCCUCUCUCCCAUUGCUGAUACCUUGAGCAGUUUUCUUUCCCUUUCCCUCUUUUUUUCUUUUAUUAUUAAACCUAUUCCUCGCACUUCUCCUUUCUAGGUCUCUACCUCUAGGGUGUCGUUUCUUACGUUGGGAUGGCUGCUUCCGGGGCGCCGUCCGGCUCCCCGCCUACACAAGCAGUGCAGCAGUAUGGGGUAACAAAACCUAUAUCUUUUGCUGGACCUACCGAGGCCGACAUUCAGAGAAGCUUGGAAAUGGAGAAGUUCUUGUUUGAUGCUGGGCUUUAUGAAAGCAACGAGGAAGCUGCACUGAGAGAAGAGGUUCUUGGCCAAAUCGGUCAGAUUGUGAAAGGCUGGGUGAAGCAGCUAACACGGCAGAAAGGGUAUACUGAUCAAAUGGUGGAUGAUGCUAACGCUGUAAUAUUUACGUUUGGGUCUUAUCGGCUUGGGGUACAUGGUCCUGGGGCUGACAUAGAUACUUUGUGUGUUGGGCCUUCCUAUGUGAAUCGGGAGGAAGAUUUCUUUAGUAUUUUGCAUGAUAUCCUGGCUGACAUUGAAGAAGUUGCGGAGCUUCAACCCGUUCCUGAUGCUCAUGUGCCUGUAAUGAAAUUCAAGUUCCGGGGAAUAUCUAUUGAUCUUCUUUAUGCUAGUGUCUCUCUUUUGGUUGUUCCAGAAGAUUUGGAUAUCUCCCAUGGAUCUGUAUUGUACAAUGUUGAUGAACAAACUGUUCGAAGCCUAAAUGGAUGUCGGGUUGCAGAUCAAAUUCUUCGACUUGUUCCAAAUGUUGAGCAUUUCCGUACGACACUGAGGUGUUUAAAAUUUUGGGCCAAAAGACGUGGUGUUUAUUCUAAUGUGACUGGAUUUCUUGGUGGUGUGAAUUGGGCUCUUUUGGUUGCUCAGGUUUGCCAGCUCUAUCCUAAUGCAAAUCCGAGUAUGCUGGUUUCCCGGUUUUUCAGGGUUUAUACUCAGUGGCGUUGGCCAAAUCCUGUGAUGCUUUGUUCAAUUGAAGAGGACGAACUUGGGUUCGCUGUUUGGGAUCCUCGUAAAAACCCCCGUGAUCGGACUCAUGUAAUGCCAAUAAUUACACCUGCAUAUCCUUGCAUGAACUCUAGCUACAACGUUUCGACAAGUACCCUCCGGGUUAUGAUGGAGCAGUUCCAGUUUGGAAACAAGAUCUGUGAGGAAAUUGUACUGAAUAAAGCUCAGUGGGGUGCCUUAUUUGAGCCAUAUUUUUUCUUCGAGUCGUAUAAAAACUAUCUGCAGGUUGACAUAGUUGCAGCUGAUGCUGAUGAUUUGCGUUCUUGGAAGGGCUGGGUGGAGUCUCGGCUUAGGCAACUUACUCUGAAGAUAGAGCGGGACACAUUUGGGAUGUUGCAGUGCCAUCCUUAUCCAAAUGAAUAUGUUGACACUUCAAAGCAGUGUGCACAUUGUGCCUUUUAUAUGGGUUUGCAGCGGAAACAAGGCUUGAGAGUCCAGGAAGGCCAGCAGUUUGAUAUACGUGGGACAGUUGAUGAGUUCAGGAAUUCAGUGAUAAUGUACAUUUUCUGGAAACCAGGAAUGGAAAUUUAUGUUUCUCAUGUUCGUAGAAAGCAGAUCCCAUCAUAUGUGUUUCCUGAUGGGUACAGACGACCUAGGCCAACAAGGAGUCCAGGACUUCAAGCAGAUAAAUCAUCUCAAGAAGAUGAUGAGUGUAGGAAUGGAUCUGCAGAGAGAAGACUCAAGAGGAAGAAGGAUCCUGAAGUUGCCGAUUUGAAGGCAAAUUCAAAACCUGAGAAACGUGUUUCUAUCAGCCCACCAAGACCAGGCUCCUUUUCUCCUUUAUCUAACUGCAGGUCUGGCGACACAUCUCAAACCGAGGGUAAAGUGGAGCAUUCAGGAGCUGUAAAUAUGGACAAUCAUGCUGAGUCUGCAUUUUCAGAUAGCAAGUUCGGAAAUGAGAGAAGUGACGGGAAUGAUAUGCCGCCCGAUACUGCCCUGUUAGGCAAAACAUUUCAGGAUGACAUUGUUGAGUACAAAGUAGGGGAUCAGGCAUCACAGAGAGUGGAGAAUAUAGGGGCUGAAUCUUCUGGGGAUGGAGCUAGUGGCACGCUGAAUACCGUGGUCAGUACUUCUGAGGAUGUGGAAUCAGUAUCUGUAGCAGGUUAUUGUGAGAAUGCAGAUAGCUAUGAAUGGAGUGAUAACCUGGGGUCAUUGCAGGUUGGUGCAUGUGAAGCGGAUUCUGACACACUAUUGGAUAAUGGAUGCGUAAAUGGGAGUGCAAUUUUUCAAAACGGCUUGACAGAAGAGUUGGAGCCAAAUGUUGCACUAGGGAUGGUCUUAAAAGCUCGAAGUGGAGUAAGUUCAGAUUCUGUUCAGAAACCAGUGAUAAGGCAUGUGUUUACAAACCCUAAAGUUUGUCUUGGGAAUGUUUGUACUGUGUUAUCUUUAUACUAGCCUGUUUGGUUUGUUUGCUUAUGUUCGUGGCAGGUUGAGCUUGACAUCAACGGCCUGAGGACUUGAUGGGUGCUGAAGACUGGACGGAAAGCCAGCACCUGAAGGGUAAGUAUUGAUUUGAAACGCUGGCUUUCGUUAUGGUUUUUCAGGUGUGGGCUUCUACUUUAUUGUGCAGACCGGGAGCUGGUGGCAAAGCUGAGUGA